AUGCGUUACUUCUCCUUGCUUGUGUCUAGCAUAUUGCUUGCUAGUACUGGAACAGAAUCAUUUCGGCUCCCCGACAACGAGCCCUUUGAUGGAUUAAAUGGAACUGCAAAUGCACACGUCCUCCGGGCAGCGGAUAUGAAUGACCCCCCGUAUUGGCUGGCUGAUAUCGCUCACCAAGGCUUUACACCAUAUGCACACGGUGGAUAUGCAGUAUUCAGGAACGUCAAGGACUAUGGUGCUGUUGGUGAUGGUGUGACCGAUGAUACUUUAGCUAUCAACAACGCCAUCAGUGAUGGCGGCCGCUUCGGCCCUGCUUCCAGACAGACGUCCUCAACAACCCCGGCUAUCAUCUACUUCCCUGCAGGAACCUAUGUAGUCUCAUCGUCAAUCAUUAACUACUACUUUACCCAGCUGAUUGGUAACCCCAAUUCCCCGGCUGUCCUCAAGGCAACCCCCGGUUUCGUUGGCCUCGGCUUGAUUGAUGGAGAUCAAUACCAGCCCGACGGUAACCAAGGUUGGAUCUCGACAAACGUCUUUUAUCGCCAAAUUCGAAACUUGAUUUUGGAUCUCACUGCAAUCCCUGCUUCCGGCGGAUCAACUGGUAUUCACUGGCCUACUGGUCAGGCAACAAGUUUGCAGAAUGUGCAGAUCAAGCUCAAUGCCGAUCCUGGUACAAAAGCGCAGGGUCUCUUCAUUGAAAAUGGUUCCGGUGGUUUCCUCACUGAUGUGAUUGUUACUGGUGGUCUUUACGGGUUCAAUGUCGGUAACCAGCAAUUCACUAUGCGAAAUGUCACCAUUUCCAGUGCUGUAGUUGCUAUUAGCCAAAUCUGGAACUGGGGUUGGACCUACUCGGGUCUUACCAUUGAAAAUUGCCAAACUGCCUUUGACUUUUCCCUCGGUGGUCCCACAUCUAUUAGUGCGGGAUCGGUGACAAUCAUCGACAGCAAAAUCGGCAACUGCGGUACCUUCCUCAAGACUGCAUGGACUCCUACCUCCUCUCCUCCCGGUGCAGGAAAUCUCAUCAUUGAGAAUGUAGCGUUGAGCAAUGUGCCCGUUGCGAUCCGAGGCCCGAACGGCGUCUACUUGCCUGGUGGUACCAUAACCAUCCCUGCUUUCGGACAAGGGAAGACAUAUACCCCUAUGGGACCCAACCUCUUGAAUGGUCCCUUUGACGCCGUUCCACGACCGCCCGGAUUGUUGCAAAGCGGAUCAUAUAAUUAUUUUACCAAGAGCAAGCCGCAAUAUGAGUCUUACGGAACUGCUAGUGUGCUAAGCAUACGCGUGUUUGGAGCAAAAGGUGAUGGUGUUACCGAUGAUACUAUCAUCAUUCAGGCUGUACUCAACGUUGCGGCGGCCUUGGGAAAAAUUGCUUUCUUUGAUUAUGGUGUCUACGUUGUUACCAAUACUAUCUACAUUCCUCCCGGGUCCAGGGUCGUUGGUGAGGCCUAUCCCACAAUUCUGGGCAGUGGUAGCAAAUUUUCCAAUAUUGAGUCACCGUAUCCAGUCGUGAAAGUUGGUAAGGAAGGCGACUCAGGAUUCAUUGAGGUUUCUGACCUUAUCGUCAGUACCCGAGGCGGUGCAGCUGGCGCAGUGCUGAUCGAGUACAAUCUCAAUGGUGAACAAGGAUCCGGUCUUUGGGACGUCCACACCCGUAUUGGAGGCUUCAUUGGCUCUGACUUGCAAGUUGCCAAUUGCCCCAUAACUGGACCAGUUACUCUUGCUUGUGAAGCCGCCUUCAUGUCGCUGCAUGUCACGAGUUCGGCCAAAAACGUUUACCUUGAGAACAAUUGGAUCUGGACUGCUGAUCACGAUCUUGAUGAUCCAAAGGACACUCGAAUUUCGGUCUACACUGGCCGUGGCGCUCUUAUUGAAGGCUCCAAUAUUCUAAUGUAUGGAACCAGUGUGGAACAUCAUUCACUUUAUCAGUACUCGUUCUACGGUGCAUCCAAUGUGAUGGCUGGGUUCAUCCAAACCGAGACUCCUUACUAUCAACCAAUCCCAGAUGCCAGGUCAGGUCCUUAUGUAUCCAACGCAGCGUUCCAUGACCCAGACUACGGCUCUUGCCUGGAAGGCAAUUGUAAUGCUCUCGGUCUGUACGUUAUCAACAGUAACUCGAUCUACUUCUACGGAGCUGGUCUUUACAGUUUCUUCAACCACUACAGCACAGACUGUUCAAACCCUGGUCACAGAGAAAAAUGCCAGAGCGAGAUUUUCCGUGUUGAUGGAUCGACAACAGCAGCACUGAGGGUGUACACUCUCAACACCGUUGGCGUCACUAAUAUGGUCACGCUGGAUGGUACAAGCGUGGCACUGUUCUCCGAUAAUAUCGGUGUCUUCAACGAUGGGUUCACGCUGUUUAAGUACAAAUAG